GAGCUGAAUAUCAAAAAUCUUGUGGUCACGUCUGAAGAAGAUAAAUAUGGUAUUAAAUAUCGAGCUGAAGCUGAUUGGAAAAUUUUGGGACAAAAACUCAGGAAAGACAUUUCUAAGGUCAAACAGGGUCUUCCGAAAUUGACCUCGGAUCAAGUUAGAGAAUUUGUUCAGACAAAAGAAAUUUUUAUUGAUGGAAUUAAAUUGAUUGAUGAGGAUCUUCAAGUGAUUAAAUAUUUUGAGAACGCAGAUAGCCACUAUGAAACAAAUUCCGAUAAAGAAGUUCUUAUACUUUUGGAUGUUAAAAUUUAUCAAGAAUUACAGGAAGAAGGAUGGGCACGUGAAAUCGUGAACCGUGUGCAGAGACUUAGAAAGAAGGCAA